GACUCGAAUUUUCCACCAUAAUCAUCCUCGCUUUUGAAAUGUCACCUUCCAGCACUGACCUCACCCCGUCGGAAGGCGGUGUUGGCCUUUCAGAUUCGGCGCUAUCCCAACAUCGCAGAGCGAUGCUAGACCUCAUAAAUCGUUUGCACAUGACAGGCGUGCAAACGGACAUGGACCUGCCCAUGAUAGCCGUCAUAGGCUCGCAGAGCGCGGGCAAAUCGUCACUCAUAGAAUCUAUCUCAGGGAUCACACUCCCUCGCUCAUCUGGAACCUGUACCAGAUGUCCAACCGAGUGUAAACUUUCACGAUCAGAAGAGGCUUGGAAGUGCAUCGUCAGGCUCCAUAUUACCACAGGUCCGUCAGGCCAACCCUGUGACGUGAUCAAUACGCCUUUCGGACCGCCCAUCACAAAUAAGGCGGAUGUGGAAGACCGGAUUAAACGCGCCCAAAGGGCGAUUCUCAAUCCCAGCGUCAAAGCUGAGAACUUCCUGCUUGACCUAGAUGACCAGACAACCGACGAAGCUGAGUUAUCCUUCUCCAAAAACUCCGUCUCUCUGGAGAUAAGUGGGAAGGAUGUCGCGGAUCUUUCAUUCGUCGACCUUCCUGGACUGAUCGCGAGUGUUGGGAGUUCAGGAAAGAGCGGGGAUAUUGACCUCGUCAAGGGUUUGGUGGCUUCUUACAUCCAGAAGCCCAGCUGUGUCAUCCUUCUGACGGUUACUUGUGAAACGGAUUUCGAGAAUCAGGGCGCGCAUCACCUGGCGAAGCAAUAUGACCCUGAAGGCAAGCGCACUGUCGGCGUACUCACAAAGCCGGAUCGCAUUCCUGCUGGUGAAGAGAGCACUUGGCUCAAGUAUAUCCGAAACGAACAGGAGCCGCUCGUGAACCACUGGUACUGCGUGAAACAGCCUGGGUCCCAGACGCUCAAAAAAGGGAUCUCCUGGGCCGAAGCAAGGAAGCAAGAAAAUGACUUCUUUGCUUUGACACAGCCCUGGUCUACUAUUGAGCCGCAGUACCAGAAGUUUCUGCGAACGAGCAACCUGACGGAGCGGCUGAGCAUGAUUCUAUCCGAGCUCAUAGCGAAGAGGCUUCCGGAAAUCCAAAAGGAACUAAUCAAUAUUUUGCGCCAGACCCAAGACGAGAUGAGAAAGCUUCCCAAAGCGCCGUCGAGCGAUCCCGUGGGUGAGGUCUGGAAUGUAGUCGGCGAAUUCACAACACAGCUAGCUCGACGACUCGAGGGGACGCCUGAUGAGGGCGGCAUAUUGCAGACUAUUCGACCGCAUCAACAAGCAUUCAAACGUGCUAUAAGAGCGACAGCCCCACACUUUAUUCCAUGGGCAAGGGGCGACGCCCGUGAACUGCCGGAGGCUGAUUUCCUCGCGAACGAGGAGGACGACUCACAGGAGCCAGUUGCGGUGGUCCCUGCGAUGCUCAAGCCGAGGGUGUCCACGCCACGGUCGGAGAAGAUUUACAUUGAGGAUGUCCUCAAUCACGCUCAAAGGGCUCGUACUCGCGAACUUCCUGACAACUACCCUUUCAUCGUCCAACAAACAUAUAUCGAGGAAUUCACUGAGAAAUGGGCGGAUCCAUCAAAGGAUCUUUUCCAAGCAGUAUACGACAUUUUGAAGGACGACCUGGGCACCCUGGUCGAAGAACAUUUUGGGAAGAUGGGAAGGGGUGGCGCGCUUCACAGUGUGCUAAUGAUAGUGCACGAGCACCUUGAAUCUGCCUCCAAGCAAGCAAAGGAAAAGAUUGAUUGGCUCUUGGAACUCGAGAAAGCGCCGACGACCUUGAACGUCCACUAUUAUUCUGACUACAAGGCCAAAUUCCUUGGAUAUUACAAAGGUUGUCGAGACCAAGGAGAGCUGACUAAAAAGCUGCAGAAUUAUCAAGCGCCUACUACUAUUCACGCGAACCCGAUUCAUGGGCAAACGUUCCAACAAGGCAUCCACAAGGCUCUGGCUGGACUGAAUGAGGCUGGCAUUUCCGUGAAGGCCAGUGAUCUUCCAAAGCUUCUGCCCAUGGAUCCCAUGGAGCCUGCCCUUCUAAUCAUGGCGGGGGUAAGGGCAUACUUCCAGGUAUCCUACAAGCGCUUUGCAGACAUGGUUCCAUUGGCGAUUGAUUACGAGGUAGUUCGCGGUCUACAUAAGGGCAUAGAGCAGGCGCUGCUUGAAGGGCUGAGCUUGACGGGGCCGGACGCGCACGUGCGGUGUCAGCUGAUGGUGCAGGAGCCUAGCACAGUGGCUUCGAAGCGUACGGAAUUACAGAAGAAGCUGGACAGACUUCGCGCGGCUAGUUUGGAAUUACGCAAGCUGUUUGUGUAGAGACCCUUGAUGUUGCAUGUGUUCAUCGAUAGUGUAUCUAGAUACUUUUUGAACGUUUGAACGUUUCCCCC